AUUUCAUUUUUUUCCAAAAGUUGGUUGGUGUUCUGGUACAAAAGUUGGAUCACCAACUUUAGAAGUUGAUUUUAAACAACCGUAUGGUAUCAGAAGCAUUCUUGUCAGCGGGCCUACAAACAGGGACGGUAACCCGUAUCCAACCAAUGUGCUGGUCAAGUAUGUUCCCAACGGAGGCGAUGUCAAUAAUUUCGUACAUUUUCCGCUGCAAGAAGGGAAACUGGAAAUAAAACUGACACAACAGGGAACAGUGCAAAGCAAUUUUGGCCAAGGCAUUGCCGUUAGAAAACUUCAGUUCACAAUACAAAGUUUCCAUGGUGAUGCUUGUUUAAAAAUUGAUUUACUUGGAUGCACAAUAAAUGAUCUGUGUACUGGCGGUUGCGAGAAUGGCGGGUUGUGUGUGAUGCAAGAUACAUGCCAGUGUCCACAAGGGACUGUAGGCAGCAGGUGUGAAUCUAAAGAGUGUACACCGGAAGAUCUAGGAUUAGCCGAUGGUCGCAUUGGAGCGGAUCAUAUCCAGGUCUCCUCUCAGGAUCCUGUUUAUAAUAAAGCUGAACUAGGAAAUGCUGGCUCAAAGAAAGGUUGGUGUCCAUCCGUUACAGAUACGAGCCCAUGGGUAAUGAUCACACUUGAUCAACCAAAGGCAGUGAGCGUGUUUAGUUUUAUGUGGUCCGGUCUUGGCAAUCACAAUAUUAUGACAGAGUUCGAGUUCCAGUAUAUAGCGCCUAUUGACUCUGCAAGGCGGUUCAGAACAUUUGCUUCGGAGAUACCAGCACAGAAUAGCACCCAUAUCUUUACGGUAACUACAGAACCUGUAGUUGUAACAGAUACGAUUCGUAUAAUACCGUCUAAAUCGGAGGGUAGAGCUUGUUUCAAGCUCGAAGUCAAGGGCUGUGAUCCUACAGCUCUUUGCUCCUCUGGCUGGUGUCAGAAUGGAGGAACUUGUAUGGGAGAAAAUGUUUGUCUUUGUCCUUCAGGCUUCGUUGGCAGCCGCUGUGAACUUACAAGUAAGUCAUACAUCAUACAAACAUAA